CGGAAAUUCGUCUUUACCUUCCGUCUGCCACAUCAACAUGGAAGCUCUAUACAGCGUUCCUUUCACGGUGCUAGAAUGCCCAAAUUUAAAGUUAAAGAAGCCUUCAUGGGUCAAAAAGCCAUCAUCUAUGGUCGUCUUUGCGUUUGUACUAAUCUCCUACUUUUUGGUGACAGGAGGUAUUAUCUAUGACGUGAUCAACGAACCACCAAGCAUUGGGUCCACAACAGAUGAACGUGGAAACAGUAAACCAGUUGCCUUUAUGCCAUACAGAGUGAAUGGGCAGUACAUUAUGGAGGGUCUUGCAUCUAGUUUCAUGUUCACUCUUGGCGGGAUUGGUUUUAUUAUCCUUGACCAAGUGAACAAACCAUUGCUGCCUCGCCUGAACCGCAUCUUGUUACUCUGUGUUGGAUUUACAGCGGUCCUCCUUUCGUUCUUCAUGUGCCGAGUCUUUAUGCGCAUCAAAUUACCAGGCUACCUCAUGGACUACUAAUGGUUGAGGCUAGCUGGCUGGUGUGAAUGUGGAGCAUAAGCAGGUGUAACUGUCACAUAUAUCAGUUUUGAAACGUUUUUAGUAAUAAAAAUGUUGUUCCAAGUCA